AUGGGUUCCACUACCACAGAAACAUCGACAGAGAAAGCUGAGCCGGUACCUGAUUCCUCCGUCUCCCUGCCAAACUCCAGCUCGAAGAAUAAGGAAGAGGAUGCACAGGCCGACACUUGUUCGUGUUCGACUCGCGCGCAGAACCUCUCCUUCGUUCUCGAGGGGGUCAACAAAGUCAGAUUCGAGGACCGACCUAUACCGGAGAUCAAAAACCCACAUGAUGUUCUGGUUCAGGUCAAAUAUACAGGGAUCUGUGGGAGUGAUGUACACUACUGGUCUCAUGGCUCCAUCGGCCCCUACGCCCUCACGUCGCCUAUGGUCCUCGGCCACGAAUCCUCUGGCACAAUAAUCAAAAUCGGUCCAUCCGUCCGCACCCUCGAACCGGGCGAUUCCGUCGCCAUGGAGCCAGGCGUCCCCUGCCGCCACUGCAUCCGCUGCAAAGAAGGCAAAUACAACCUCUGCUUCGACAUGGCCUUUGCAGCCACUCCUCCCUACGACGGCACCCUCGCCAAAUACUACGUCCUGCCCGAGGACUUCUGCUACAAGCUCCCGCUGGGAAUGAGCAUGGAGGAAGGCGCCCUGAUCGAGCCGCUAGCAGUCGCGGUACACGUCACGAAGCAAGCCUCCCUACGACACGGCGACAGUGUGGUAGUCUUCGGUGCCGGCCCGGUCGGCCUGCUCUGCUGCGCCGUCGCGCGCCAGUUCGGCGCCAGCAAGAUCAUCGCCGUCGACAUCCAGAAGCCUCGCCUCGAGUUCGCGCGCCAGUUCGCCGCCACCGCGACCUACGAGUCGCAGCGCGUCUCGGCGCAGGAAAACGCCGCCAACCUGAUCCGCGAGAACGAUCUCGGCGUCGGCGCGGACGUGGCCAUCGACGCCAGCGGCGCCGAGCCCUCGGUCCAGGCCGGCAUCCACGUCCUGCGCACGGGCGGCACAUAUGUCCAGGGCGGCAUGGGCAAGGACGACAUCACCUUCCCCAUCAUGGCGGCCUGCACCAAGGAGUUGACGCUCAAGGGCAGCUUUCGCUACAGCAGCGGCGAUUACAAGUUGGCGGUGCAGCUGGUCAGCGAGGGCAAGGUGGAUGCCAAGCGGCUGAUCAGCAGGAAGGUGAGGUUCGAGGAGGCCGAACAGGCGUUUGUCGAUGUCAAGGCGGGCAGGGGCAUCAAGGUCUUGAUUGGUGGGUCGGGAGACUGA